AUGGAGGAUUUGAAUGGAAAUAAUAUCACAAGGAUUACCAAGACAGAUUUUGCUGGGCUUAGACAUCUGAGAGUGCUGCAGCUUAUGGAGAAUAAGAUUAGCAGCAUUGAAAGAGGAGCGUUUCAGGAUCUCAAAGAACUGGAGCGGCUGCGUUUAAAUAGAAAUCACCUUCAGCUGUUUCCUGAGUUGCUGUUUCUUGGGACGUCUAAGCUCUACAGACUGGACCUCAGCGAAAACCAAAUUCAAGCAAUUCCAAGAAAAGCCUUCCGUGGGGCGGUUGAUAUUAAAAACCUGCAACUGGAUUACAACCAGAUCAGCUGUAUCGAGGAUGGGGCGUUCCGGGCGCUCCGGGACUUGGAAGUACUCACGCUCAACAAUAACAACAUUACUAGGCUUUCUGUGGCAAGCUUCAACCACAUGCCUAAACUUAGGACUUUUCGCCUCCAUUCCAACAACUUGUACUGUGACUGCCACCUGGCCUGGCUCUCCGACUGGCUGCGCCAGAGACCCCGAGUGGGUCUCUACACCCAGUGUAUGGGCCCCUCCCACCUGCGGGGCCAUAACGUAGCGGAGGUUCAGAAACGAGAAUUUGUCUGCAGUGGGCACCAGUCAUUCAUGGCUCCGUCCUGCAGUGUGCUGCACUGCCCAGCGGCCUGCGCCUGUAGCAACAAUAUCGUAGACUGUCGGGGGAAAGGUCUCACUGAGAUCCCCACAAACCUGCCUGAGACCAUCACAGAAAUACGUUUGGAGCAGAACUCCAUCAAGGUCAUCCCUCCAGGAGCUUUCUCGCCGUAUAAAAAGCUCAGAAGAAUCGAUCUGAGCAAUAAUCAGAUCUCGGAGCUCGCACCAGAUGCUUUCCAAGGGCUACGCUCACUGAAUUCACUAGUCCUCUAUGGAAAUAAAAUCACAGAACUCCCCAAAAGCUUAUUUGAAGGCCUAUUCUCUUUACAGCUGCUAUUGUUGAAUGCCAACAAGAUAAACUGUCUUCGGGUAGAUGCUUUUCAAGACCUACACAACUUGAACCUCCUCUCCUUGUAUGAUAACAAGCUUCAGACCAUCGCCAAGGGCACCUUCUCACCUCUCCGGGCCAUUCAGACGAUGCACUUGGCUCAGAACCCAUUUAUCUGUGACUGCCAUCUGAAGUGGCUGGCGGAUUAUCUCCAUACCAACCCAAUAGAGACCAGUGGUGCCCGCUGCACCAGCCCCCGCCGUCUGGCAAAUAAAAGGAUCGGCCAGAUCAAAAGCAAGAAAUUCCGUUGCUCAGCUAAAGAACAGUAUUUCAUUCCAGGCACAGAAGAUUAUCGAUCGAAAUUAAGUGGAGACUGCUUUGCAGAUUUGACUUGCCCUGAGAAAUGUCGCUGUGAGGGGACCACAGUCGAUUGCUCCAAUCAAAAACUCAACAAAAUCCCUGACCACAUCCCCCAGUACACUGCAGAACUGCGUCUCAAUAACAAUGAAUUCACAGUGUUGGAAGCCACCGGGAUCUUUAAGAAACUCCCUCAGUUGCGUAAGAUAAACUUCAGCAACAAUAAGAUCACAGACAUUGAAGAGGGCGUGUUUGAGGGCGCUUCUGGAGUCAACGAAAUACUUCUCACCAGCAAUCGUUUGGAAACUGUUCGGCAUAAGAUGUUCAAGGGAUUGGAAAGCCUCAAAACGCUGAUGCUGAGAAGUAACCGCAUCGGCUGCAUCGGGAACGACAGCUUCGUGGGCCUCGGCUCUGUGCGCUUGCUCUCGCUGUACGAUAAUCAGAUCACGACGAUUGCGCCGGGGGCAUUCGAUACGCUUCAUUCUUUAUCGACCCUAAACCUCCUGGCCAAUCCUUUUAACUGUAACUGCUUCCUGGCAUGGUUGGGAGAGUGGCUUCGGAAGAAAAGAAUUGUGACCGGAAAUCCUCGCUGUCAGAAACCAUACUUCCUGAAAGAAAUCCCCAUCCAGGAUGUGGCCAUCCAAGACUUUACGUGUGAUGAUGGAAACGAUGACAAUAGUUGUUCCCCGCUCUCUCGAUGCCCUCUGGAGUGUACUUGCUUGGAUACCGUCGUCCGCUGUAGCAACAAGGGCUUGAAGGUCCUGCCGAAAGCUAUUCCACGGGACGUCACUGAGCUGUAUCUGGAUGGGAAUCAGUUCACACUGGUUCCCAAGGAGCUCUCUAACUACAAGCAUUUAACGCUCAUAGACUUGAGUAACAACCGGAUAAGCACCCUUUCCAAUCAGAGUUUCAGCAACAUGAGCCAGCUCCUCACCUUAAUCCUCAGUUACAACCGGCUCCGGUGUAUUCCUUCCCGAACUUUCGAUGGGCUGAAGUCUCUUCGAUUACUUUCUUUACAUGGAAAUGAUAUUUCUGCUGUGCCCGAAGGUGCCUUCAGCGACCUCUCUGCAUUGUCACACCUAGCAAUUGGAGCCAACCCUCUUUACUGUGAUUGUAACAUGCAGUGGUUAUCGGACUGGGUCAAGUCGGAGUAUAAAGAACCAGGAAUUGCCCGCUGCGCUGGUCCUGGAGAAAUGGCCGACAAACUCUUGCUCACAACCCCGUCCAAAAAAUUUACGUGUCAAGGACCUGUGGAUGUUAAUAUUCUGGCUAAGUGCAACCCCUGUUUAUCAAAUCCAUGUAAAAACGACGGCACUUGCAACAACGACCCAGUCGAUUUCUAUCGAUGCACCUGCCCGUACGGCUUCAAGGGGCAGGAUUGCGAUGUCCCGAUCCAUGCGUGCAUCAGUAACCCAUGCAAACACGGGGGGACUUGUCACUUGAAAGAAGGAGAACAAGAUGGAUUCUGGUGUAUUUGUGCUGAUGGGUUUGAAGGAGAAAAUUGUGAAGUCAAUAUUGAUGAUUGUGAAGAUAAUGACUGUGAAAAUAAUUCGACGUGCGUCGAUGGAAUUAAUAACUACACAUGCCUUUGCCCACCUGAGUACACAGCUGCUAAUCUGAAUGAGGUGGAAAAAGGUGAGCUUUGCGAGGAGAAGUUGGACUUCUGUGCCCAGGACCUGAACCCCUGCCAGCACGACUCCAAGUGCAUCCUGAUGCCGAAGGGAUUCAAGUGUGACUGUACCCCAGGGUACAUAGGUGAGCAUUGCGACAUUGAUUUUGACGACUGCCAAGACCACAAGUGUAAAAACGGAGCCCACUGCACGGACGCAGUGAACGGCUACACCUGCAUCUGCCCCGAGGGGUACAGUGGCCUGUUCUGUGAGUUUUCUCCACCCAUGGUCCUCCCUCGUACCAGUCCCUGUGACCAUUCCGAUUGUCAGAAUGGAGCUCAGUGCAUCAUCAGGAUCAAUGAGCCGAUAUGCCAGUGUCUGCCCGGCUACCAGGGGGAGAAGUGUGAGAAGCUGGUUAGUGUGAAUUUUGUAAACAAAGAGUCCUACCUCCAAAUUCCGUCCGCCAAAGUUCGGCCUCAAACAAACAUCACUCUUCAGAUUGCCACAGACGAAGACAGCGGGAUCCUCCUGUAUAAAGGUGACAAAGACCACAUCGCGGUAGAACUCUACCGGGGACGUGUCCGUGCCAGCUAUGACACCGGCUCUCACCCGGCUUCAGCCAUUUACAGUGUGGAAACAAUCAACGACGGAAACUUCCAUAUUGUGGAACUGCUUGCCCUGGAUCAGAGUCUCUCCCUCUCCGUGGAUGGAGGGAGCCCCAAAAUCAUCACCAACUUGUCAAAGCAGUCCACUCUGAAUUUUGACUCCCCACUCUAUGUAGGAGGCAUGCCGGGAAAGAACAACGUGGCAGCUGCCCUGCGCCAGGCCCCCGGGCAGAAUGGCACCAGCUUCCACGGAUGCAUCCGCAACCUGUACAUCAACAGUGAGCUUCAGGACUUCCGGAAGGUGCCCAUGCAGACUGGCAUCCUCCCUGGAUGUGAGCCUUGCCACAAGAAAGUGUGUGCCCAUGGCACCUGCCAGCCCAGCAGCCAGGCAGGCUUCUCCUGCGAGUGCGAGGAAGGAUGGAUGGGACCCCUGUGUGACCAGAGGACCAAUGACCCCUGUCUGGGAAACAAGUGUGUCCACGGGACCUGCCUGCCCAUCAAUGCAUUCUCCUACAGCUGUAAGUGCCUGGAGGGCCAUGGGGGCAUCCUCUGUGACGAAGAGGAAGAUCUUUUUAACCCCUGCCAAGCCAUCAAGUGUAAGCACGGGAAAUGCAGGCUCUCAGGACUCGGGCAGCCCUACUGUGAAUGCAGCAGCGGAUACACUGGGGACAGCUGUGACCGGGAAAUCUCUUGUCGCGGGGAAAGGAUAAGAGAUUACUACCAAAAGCAGCAGGGCUACGCCGCUUGCCAAACCACCAAGAAGGUGUCUCGACUGGAAUGCCGAGGGGGCUGCGCGGGCGGCCAGUGCUGUGCCCCUCUGCGGAGCAAGAGGCGGAAAUACUCCUUUGAGUGCACGGACGGCUCUGCGUUUGUGGACGAGGUGGAGAAGGUGGUGAAGUGCGGCUGCGCCAGGUGCGCCUCCUAGGCCCCGCCAGGGCAGCUCAGGGGGCCUGGGCCACAUCAGUGGUGUCCUUAGGGACCACGUGGGACACAGGACUGCUUCAUGGUGGAAAUAUUUGAAAUAUAUUGUAAAAUACAGAACAGACUUAUUUUUAUGAUGAGAAUAAAGACCUUUUUUUCUGCAUUUGGGAAAAAAAAAAAAAAGAAAUAUUAAAAAAUAAAAUGCUUGAACUGAAGCUUCCCCGUACGCUGCAGAAGGGCAAAGCUCUAAGCGGCGUCGCUCACGUUGGCCUUGGGCAUGAACGUGCUGCAGACAAACAGAAGGGCAGCAGGACUCUCGUUGUCUGGAGGGGAAAUAGCCCCAAGUAGGAAACCCGAGGGUCGGCCGUCACAUCGAUGCAGCUCCGUGGUUCUCCGAGGACCGCCCGAACGAACCCGUGUCGGCAAGCGAACAGCGACACCCAACUCGAGGAGGAGCGCGUUGUGUGAAAUCGAAAGUUCCCUGAAGGUUCCGGGUUCCAUUCCCAAGUGGGAAUGUGGGUGCAGAAAAAUCCAUUCGACCUCCCUUCAAAAUGUCAGCAUGUUAGCAGAAGCACAUAAAAGUGUUUGUCUACCACUUUCCAGUAUUAAUUUUUUUGUAAUAUAAAUAAAUGAUAAAGGAGAUGAUAAAGAACCAAUAGAUUAUGGAGAAAUAAAUUUAGUAAUAAUAUGAUUUUUUUUCGUUUCUAUGAAUUCUAAACAGCCCUAUGACAGUAUUCUGUGUCCAGGAGAAAUAUUUAUUGUAUCGAAAGUCCACUGUCCUUAACAUUUUAGACCAUCUUUUUGCUCUUUCUCGAUGCUUUAAUAUAUAUUAAUUUAUAAUUGUCCUGAUAUUUUUUUUGUAUAUUUUUCCAACUUAUAAAGCAAAAAUCAGGAUUUUUCUGUUUUAUUUUGUUUGGGCAAUAGUACUAACAUGGGGUGUUAUCUUGGUUAAAUAUGUGUUGAUUUGGUUGUUUACCUUGACAUCUGACCACUGGUUUGGUUGGCCCACCGGCUUCUUCCAGAACCCCUGCAAGGAGAGUUUGUAAAGUCCAGGAGAGGAAAACACCAAGCUAUGGGCACCUUGCUAUUUGUACAGGAAGAAAUGGACACCGGCCUACCCUCCACCCUCCACCCCCAGCAAUCUGUGCUCACAGAAAAGAAAUGGUGUGUAGCAAUCAAUAGUAGAAAGUAGACCUUUGACAAAUUAAUAUUGUCUUGAAUGUUUUGGCCCUUUGGGGGAGACAGGGGGUGGGGGAGGGUUUGGGAAGAGCAAAAGCUGUAAUGUCAAGAACUGUGAUAACUUUUUUUUCCCAAACAAUAAAACUCCUUUAUUACCUUCCUGUCCCCAUGUUAACAUGUUUGCUGCUACAAUUCCAGUGGAGAAUGGAGAUGCUUUCUAAUGGACUUUGCUCUUUUCUCAUGAAAAAUCCCAGAAUGCCCUGUAAAGAUGCAGAUGUUUCUUUCCAGCAACCUUUUUUCUCUUUUUUUAAACAAAGAAAAUUAGAAGUCCAUGUAUGAUUCAGUGUGCUCUGUCGUUAUCCAGACUAAUAUCAGUUACACUACUGAUGUUUAUAAAUUAAACAGAUAUUUACUUCAUUAA